ACAUCUAUAUACAGUAUAUUGUGUGUUUGUGUGUGUAUGUUCGUGCUGUGGAUGUAUGCAGGCGUGUAAUUUUCAGCUGUGAAGCAUGCGCAGAACUGCUACUUGUUGUUCCGUUAGAUGAAUAAUUGUUGAGCUGUAGCGAGGAGCUGUGUCGAGACCUAAAAUUACAAUUGCUUUAUUAUUUUUAAUACUUAUUUUGGCGCGAAGAGGUGCGUCGGGGAAUUAUGGUUUUGAUUUUUGAGAUUUUAAAUGAUCGGAGUCUCAUUUUGGCUGUGGAGAAGUAUAUUUAUGGUGGUGUGCUUGAUGUUUCUCAAGCAACAAGGAGGUAUCGUGACGAGUCUUCACAUCCAAUAGCGAUGCACUUGCAAUCAGGAGAUGUUUUUUACCUCCUCUCGGGAACAGAAUCAGCUGGAUCUCCACCUCGUCGUGUUGCACCGUCAAUCCCCCUGAACCGGAAAGCAAACGAAAGUGACUUUGUUGAAAGGAAUAAUUUUCCUGGGCCAAACUAUCCAGCUGCAGAAAGAUCACAUAUCUCCAGUCAGGAGGCUGGGAUUAAUUAUCAAGAAAAUACUAUCCCAUGCGCAAAAUCAUUGGAUAAUAAACUUACCCAUUCAGUAGGAUUACCAAAUCUAAGAACAGUUUUAGGAUUUGUGAAGGUUUAUGGGAUGAUGACUUGCGGGAAACUGCUUAUGAAGUGUUUCUUGCAUGUAUGCUUUUUUCCGGAAAUUCAGACAACUGAGGGUAGAAAGAGAGAAAAAAGUUCUAAGUUCCUUUCUGGGUUAAAAAAUAGGAAAGAGAAACGGCAUAUAGAAUCGGCACCUAUUGAAAGUCAUUUGAAGGUCCUUGACACAAUUCGCUUACAAAUGCAGAUAUCUGAAGCUGCAGAUGCUUUUAUUAGGCGGAGAUUGACACAGUUCGUGAUGGGGAAAGUUUGCGCACAAAUCGACGUUCCACAGUUGUCCUUGGUUCUCUUGACUGGUUUAUUAAGAUCUGAUUUUCCAAGCGAGAAAUCAUACCUCCAUUGGAAGAGCAGACAAGUAAAUAUUUUUGAAGAACUAGUUCGUUCUGAUCAUAUGAAGACUGAAAAAGAGAUGAUCGAGGAGUCACUUGAAAAAAUAAAAAAUUCUAAGGAAUGGGAUAUAAAGAUGUCCUCUUCACAACGGAGGGAUGCUCUUUUAACUCUUCGACAAGUUGCUUUGGCAUUUUCAUCCAUACCUGGGCGCUUUGGAAUAGAGGGUGAAACAUACUACUGGACCAGUGGUUAUCAUUUGAACAUUAGACUCUAUGAGAAACUGCUUUUCGGUCUAUUUGAUGUUUUGGAAGAGAGUCAGAUUAUAGAGGAAGCAGAAGAGAUCUUGAAGUUGGUGAAAUUAACUUGGUCAAUGUUGGGCAUUACAGAGAGACUGCAUCACACAUUAUUUGCUUGGGUGCUUUUUCAACAGGUGCAUAGAUUGUUUUGGGUGACUUUGACGCAUCUCAUCAAAACUUUUACCUCUGUUCAAUUUCCUAAUGAAAAUUUGUUUCACUUGAAGUUUGUUACAACUGAAGAGGCAAUACUAUUGGACCAUGCUAUUCGUGAAGUGAAGCAUGUUUUAUCUGCUGACAUCAAGGAUGACAAAGAAGUGUCCUACAUGAGGAGCUUGACGUGCCCAACUGUUGGCAUUGAGUGUGAAACUAGAUUUGAUUUGCUGCAGUCCAUAUUUUUCUCAAUUAGUUUGUGGUGCGACAGUAAAUUGCAGGAUUAUCAUCUAUAUUUCAGUCAGAACUCUUCGUUCUUUGAGAGGGUGUUGACAAUGGGGUUAUCCACUGGGACUCAAGAUUUUAUUCCACAUAGAAAUACCCAGUUUACAGGAUAUUUCCUUCCCAAUGAUGUUGUUACUCAAAAGAUAAGAGUAUACAUUGAGAAAACUCAAUAUGCUGCCUGCAGGAGGGCUAUUGAUUUUGCUACUGGCUCUAUGAAUGGUAAGAGGCAUCCUCUGGCUAUUCUUGCAAGUGAACUCAAACAAAUUGCAGAGAAGGAUCUAUCCAUAUUCAGCCCCAUCCUGCGUCGUUGGUAUCCUGAAUGUGCCAUGAUCUCAGCCAAGAUGUUACACCAACUUUAUGGUGAAACACUGAAACCGUUUAUGAAGGAUAUUACAAGCAUCACUGAGGAUGUCAGGAAAGUGCUUCCCGCAGCUUAUGGUCUUGAGUGUUGCCUUAUUGAACUCUAUUCUUCAGCUUGUGAAGAAAACAAUUCACACUAUAGCAGGGGAUUUGAGCGUUAUCAGAUUGCUGAAAUUUCAAAGCCUUUCAUUCUGGAUUGGGUAGUUGCACAAUACGAAAGAAUUCUGGAAUGGACUGGGCGUGCUUUUGAUCUUGAGGACUGGGAACCUCUAUCAGCUCAGCAAAAGCAUGCAGCUUCAGCAGUUGAAGUGUUUAGAAUCAUAGAGGAGACAGUAGAUCAAUUUUUUCAGUGGAGCCUCCCAAUGGACAUAACUCAUUUACAAGCUCUAUUAUCGAUAAUUUUCCACAGCCUGGAUACUUAUUUGUCGAAAGUAAUAAGCCAAUUAGUUGAGAAGCAAAAGUUGUACCCUUCUACUCCUCCACUGACUCGCUACAAGGAAGCAACAUUUCCUAUUAUCAAGAGAAAGGUGGCUGAGAGUUCAAUUAUUGAUCAUGAAAUAUAUAAAGAGUUGGAUGAGCUGACUUCUUCCAAGCUAUGUAUCAGAUUAAAUACAUAUCGAUAUAUUCAAAAACAAGUUGCGAUACUUGAAGAAGGCAUUAGGAAGUCGUGGGAAUCUGUCGCAUCAAACAGAAAAGACAGAUAUUCAACAGAGAGAACUCCUGCAACUUUGGAGCCAACAGAUGUAAAUGGUGAAUCAGUUUCUGAGAUUUUUGUUGCCACUAUGGAUUGCAUCAGGGAUUCUGCAGCUCAGGGUAUUCAGAAGACUAGCGAAUUUUUAGGUGCCAAAGUUGUAUUCUGGGAUAUGAGAGAUUCAUUCUUGUCUUAUCUAUAUUAUGGGGGCGUCGAAGGAAACCGCAUAGAAGCUGUACUGCCACAAUUUGAUAAAGUCCUGAAUGAUGUAUGCAGUGUAGUUGACGAUACAAUCAGGGACCUUGUAGUGUCAAACAUUUGGAAGGCAUCAUUGGAAGGUUUUAUGUGGGUUCUACUUGAUGGAGGCCCUUCACGUGCAUUUUCUGAUUCUGAUACUGUUUUGAUUGAAGAAGACUUUAAUAUGCUAAAGGAGUUGUUUAUUGCUGAUGGAGAAGGCCUCCCUCGUUCAUUGGUUGAAGAGGAAGCAAAAUUUUAUCGUCAAGUUCUUAGCCUGUUUUCCCUUCAGACUGAAUCCUUGAUCAAGAUGCUAAUAUCAUCCAGCCAAAACAUGUCAGCCGGUGUGAAUAGGUAUAAAAAGGGUCAAAGAUAUGUUGGGGAUACUCAUACUUUGCUUCGAGUAUUGUGCCACAAGAAAGAUAAGGAAGCUUCAAAAUUCUUGAAAAAGCAUUACCGGUUUCCUGCCUCUUCUGAAUAUGAUGAGACUGCAGUGGAGAGUUCCAGUUUUGGUUCCCCUUUUGUUGCAGACAUCUUGAAACGCGGUGCCUCCUUCAGUUGGUCUGAGAAAAGUCAUAGCAGCUUCAGGUCCAUAACGAAGAAAUUUCAACAAGUGUCGUGGAAAUAAGAUCUGUGGCACGAUGAAAUAUGAUUACAUUUGGCCAGUAACAAGCAUCUAAAUCGCGCGGAAACUGAAACUGAUGCCUCAGACUACUUAGGGCUGUAGCAGAGUCCUUUCGACCAAGAAGAGGAGAGGGUAGUGAUGCUUGUAGAAUAAAAUUAGCCGGAAAGGCAUAUUCAAACAUGCCUCUGAUCAGCCCAUGCUUUGAGCAAAAGCUUGAAAGUCGGAACUGGUGGAGCGAUUUUGGCUCUAGCAGAGAUCAAAUUGUUGUUUGGGUAAAGGAACAGCCUAUAUUAAUCAUUGUUGCUCAUAUAGUUGCACUUGCA